AUGGGAAUCAGAUAUUUCUCAUCCUCCAGCCGCAAGGUUUCCCCUAAGGGAUGGCCCAACGAAGAAGAGUUCGACGAUGAAGAUCCUUUCAACCAACAGAAGGAAGAAGAAAAUGAGCAGCGGCCCAUCAAACUCACGCACGUCAACCAAAACGGCACGGCACACAUGGUGGCGGUAGGCAACAAGAGACCGACGCACCGCACCGCCUUCGCCGUCUCGACGGUGCGCUUCUCCAAGCCCGAGCCGCUCCGGCUCAUCAAGCAAAACGCCAUCAAAAAGGGCGACGUGCUCAGCGUGGCGCGCAUCGCCGGCAUCAUGGCGGCCAAGCAGACGCCGACCAUCAUCCCGCUGUGCCACAACAUCGACAUCACCCACGCCGAGGUCGAGGCCGGCUUGAUCGAGCCACCGGCUGAGAACUCCAGCACCGCCCCACGAGACGACGCCAACGAAGAAGAAGACCUCGACGAAGAACCCUCCCCCCUCACCCACCACCGCCCCGACUCCCGCGCCCGCCUCUACUCGACCUCGCACCUUUCCCCGGGCGACCCGCGCGCCGUGGCCGACAGCGCCGCGUACCCCUUCGGCGGCGUGCUGCUGACGGCGCGCGUCGAGACGACGGGCCGCACGGGCGUCGAGAUGGACGCUCUGCACGCGGCAUCCGCCGCCGCGCUGACCGUCUACGACAUGUGCAAGGCCGUCGACAAGGCCAUGUCGCUGCAGAACGCCCGCGUCGUGCUCAAGACGGGCGGCAAGUCGGGCGACUGGGUCGACGUGGGGUGGUUGUUCGCGCGGGCGGGCGUGGUGAGGAGUGGGCGGUUGGAGGGGUUGAUGACGACGACGGCCGGGGCGGUGGAUGAGGGGGUGAGGAGGGCGGUUGUGGAGGCGGCGGAGGAGGGUGAGGGGGGUGGGUUGGCGAGGCGGGAGUGGAAGAAGUGCUAUCGCGUGCUGACCCGCUCCGGGUGGGAGCCCGAGAAGGCGAUGCAGUUGCUCAGUUGGAUCCCGCGUAAGGCGUAUUCGCCGGCGGCGAUCGAGAAUGGUGGCGCGGAGGGGGUUGAGGGGGAGGAGGGCGUCGCUGCUGCUGCUGCUGCUGAAGCUGAGGCUUUGGAGGAGGAGAUGGUGGUGGAGGAAGAUGAUGCUGAGGCUUUGGAGGAGGAGGAGGGGGAGGAGCUGGUGGUUGAUGAAGAAGAUGUCGAAGAUUUGGAGGAGCUGGCGCGAGAGGAUUAUGCCACGAUUCUCGAGCAACAGCUGAUGAAAGAACUUGAAGAACUGGAAAGAGAGGAACUCCUCGACGAAGAAGUUGAGGCCGACGACGUGGAGGAGGAGGUGCUCGAGGACGACGAUCAGCCGCCGGUCCCAGCGGGCGCCAAAAACGAGGGGGUGCAGAACGGCAGCGUCGUGCGUCAGGAGGAGCAGCAGCAGCAGCAGCAGAGCGCGAGGGUGAAGGAGGAAAAAGAAGACACAGAGCCUACUCCUCCUUCUACUGCCACUGCUACCUCCUCCGAGACGUCUCCUCCUUCUUCUUCGGCUCCUACCACUGCUACUUCUUCUGCUGGGGUGAAUCUCAAGAAGCCGGUAGAAACCACAAUGGCGCCGCUCAACGAUGCACACAUGGCUGACGUCGAUUCCAACCAGAACUCACUACUCACGGCGUCGAUGAUCAGACAACUGUCCCCUCGAGACCUCUUCGCCGACAACGCCAGGUCGAGCGGGAAGCGCCGCGAGUUCCAGACCAAGGCCCAGAAGAUCCAGGAGGACGAGGCCGAGGAAGAGGUCGAGGAGGUCAACCAGGAGGUCGAUGAGGAGUCCGAUCGGGAGUUUGAGAGGGAGGUCAGGCAGCAGAAGAAGGAUUACUUCGAGGAGAAGGCGCGAAAGUAUAGGGAGCAAAGAAAGUUGAGGCGGAGAGAGAGGAAGGUAGCGAUAAAGCAGGAGAAAAGAGACUUGAAAAGAGAGAAGGAACAGGAAAAGAAGAAGCGACUGGCCCAGCUUCUGGCACUGGAAGCAGAAGAGAUGCGAAAAAAUCAGCUUGAAGCAGAAGAGAUGCGAAAAAAUCAGCUUGAAGCACAAGCUAUCGCAAGGAACCCCUCGGCAAACGUGCUGCAAAAUUCGGAGGGAGAAGAAAACGAAGAAGAAGAAGCUGCCAUAAGAUAUCCCUUCUAUACAACCACGCCGCGACGUCCGACGCCAUCCUUCCACCACGACCCUGAUGGCUUCAUCGCCGCCGCCGAGAGGCGCUCGAAGGGCGACAGGCCCGACGGCAUCGGCUUCGCCCUCCCGCAGGUCCAACCCACACCAGAAGACAUCAAAGGGGCACAGAAGUCGCCCGCCUCGACCCAGCCCAUGCCCGAACACCUGAAGGACCCGGCGGAGCGCCUGGAGCGGCAGCGCUGGCUGCGCAACGGCAUGUGGGACAAGCGCAUGGAGAAGCUGGCGGCGCUGGGCCGCGCGGCGGCGGUGGCGCGGCGCUCGCCCAAGUACAGCCCGCACUGGCCGCGGGCGCGCUCGCAGGGCGGCAGGGCCAUGGUCACGAUCGCGCUCGCGGCCAAGAUCGGCGUCCACACGUCGCGGUACGACAUCCUGCAGUGGACGCCGCCGGGCUUGGAUGAUGAUGAUGUCGAGGCGCUGCAGAAGGUCGGCGAGGAGGAGCUGAGGAAGAGUUGGGAGAGGUUCGUUAAGACUCGGCCGCCGAAGAUGACGUGGAAGUACAUGCAGCUGCAGAAGGAGGGCGUUGAUAAAAAGUACGUACUCAGGCAUCGGGUGGUGGAUGAAAAGGAGCGGUUGAAGAGGGCGAUGAGCCGCGUCGAUUACAACGAGUGGUGCCUGUUGACCAACGUCAUGGCGAAGAGGCAGAGGAGGUGGGAUAGGGAAGCAGGAUUCGCUGAAGUAGAAGAACGCGCGCAGGAGGAGACGAGGAAGGUGUUGAGCACUCCUGCUCCUGGGGAGGCCUGGUACGAUCAUUUGUUGGAGGACAUGGAGGAUUACGUGAAGGAUGACACGAAGGACGAGGGGAAGACGGAAAGCGUGAGCGACGAGAGUAGCAACGCGAGGGAGGAUGAGAGUGAUGAGUUCGAUGAGCUGCAAAACUUGAUUGACAAGAAGAGCAAGAUGACGACGGAGGGAAAGGAGGGGAAGAAGGGGAAAAAGGGAAAGAAAGGGAAGAAAGGGAAGAGGGGAUAA